GUGAGAGAGAGAGAGGGAGAGAAGGAAUAGUGACGUCCUUCUGAAGCCACUCGGGGUGCAGCGACCACAGAGGCAACAAGUGCCACUAGCAUCCACCUUCCUUACCACAAUAACAGCCAGUAGAGUCCAGCUAGCGACGACCACCACCAACCAUCACUCACCCCAAACCCACAGCAUCAUCCAAGAUGAUGUUAAGGUUGCUACUAGCGGCGACGCUGACGGCUGCCGUGGUAGCCUUCCCUAGCUACGACUGGAACAGUGGAGAGAGCUACUUGGACCCGGUCUACCCUGGCCCCUACAGGACUGGCAAGAGCUGGAAACCUCCACCCCCGAUAUACGAUGUAGGUCACUGGGACCCGGCUGGCACUGGAAGUAUCCGGUACCGUCGAGCAGUCUCCAACGAUAUGGUGAUGGCAGGGGAUGAGGAGAAAGAGGGGAGGUUGGCGAAGAGAGAGGUGGGUGUAGAAGAGCCUGAAGACGAAAAGAAGACGGAAGACGAAAAGAAGGAGGAAGAGGAGAACAAGAAGAGUGAUGAUAGCAUGGAAGACAAUAAGACUCCAGGAGACGAGAAAGCCGAUGAUAAAAUUAAGGAAAUACAAGACGGUGGAGCAAGCAGUGAAGAGGAAAAGAAGCCGGAUAGUGGAGAAGACGAGUCUAAAGAGAGUGGCGAAGAAGGAAAAGAGAGUAGUGAAGAUGGAAAAGAGAGUAGCGAAGAAGGAAAAGAAAGUGGCGAAGAAGGAAAAGAGAGUGGCGAAGAAGGAAAGGAGAAAAUGGGAGAAGAGAAGGAUUUAAAUGGAGAGAAGAGUGAAGAGAAUGCCGAGGAGUCCGGCGAAAGCAAAGAAGAAGAGAAAGAAAAGGGAAAGAAAAACAACAACAAAGAGAAAAACAAGGGGGAAGAAAAGGGCAAGAAAAAUGGUGAGAAAAAAGAAGAGGAAAAGGACAAGAAAAGGGACCAUAAAGAAUCCGGUGAGAGUGAAGAGGAAGGGAGUAGUGAAGAGGGCAGUAAUGAGAAGGCAGAUGAAGGCAGAAAGAAAAAGAAGAAACGCGAGAUAGACUACCAGUACGGAGGGGCACAGGGGUACAAGAUGUCCGCUGCCCCCUUCUCCCCUAAUGAUGGCGGGCAGUGGGAGAUGGUGGGACAGUGGGCUCCCCUGGGCGUGUAGGAGCACCUCAUGCCUAGAAUAAUCUCUUCUGCAAGAGGAAUAUCGUUGUCCUUCCCAGCCUCCCUAUACGACUCCAACGCCACACGUCAUCAACACACACACACACACAGAGGCCUUGACUCGUCAGUGCAGCCCAUCAAAGAACCUCGGAUCAUAUUCAACUCUCAGUCAGAAGUCAAGGUGGCAACACCAAGAUGAAAACAAACUAGCUAUCCAGAUAAAUUGUACAGCCUAAGACUCAGAGCGUUUAAUGCAAGAGGAUACAGUAUGUCUAUAAAGAAACAAAGCAAAAACUGUAAUUUUCUCCUCUUGUUGUGUAUUUUUCACAAGUAGAAGUAAUUUGAGAUAGUAUGAGCUUAACGCUGUGAGGCAUUUCUUUGUUAAUGUCAAAUGUGUUAUCGUCGCUCCAGUAGUGUUCUGUUGCCUUAGUAUGCUUUUGAAAUUAUAUGUAUAUCUGCCUAAAUUUUUCGUAUGACAGCUUCUAAUUUAAUUUGUGUUGAUAUU